GUUUAGAUCUAGAUUACAGUAGUAUCACCAUCAUGUCCUUCUUGCAAAACUUUAACGCCCACUCGUUGAAAUCAACGCGUGGGUUCAAGCUCAAACAAUCGUCCCCAAUCUCCAGCCCCCAGCCAAUUGGGAACUCGGUCGACUCGUCGUACCCGCAAGAAUACUCACAAUACCAAACCAUAAACACCAAUCUAAAGCUCAAUAAUGACGACACCAAUACCAUGUCGGGCACCGCCGGCGUAUCCACUCACAAAGAUAUCAGAAACUACGCCGAACAGACCCUUGGUUCAGACAAUGCCCUUAUCCAAGCCGUGAAACUCCCCCGUGAUGAAGACCUCAAUGAAUGGUUGGCCAUCCAUGUGGUGGACUUCUACAACCAGAUAAACAUGCUUUACGGUGCCAUCACUGAGUUUUGCUCCCCAGCCACCUGUCCCCGUAUGAUUGCUACUGAAGAAUACGAAUACCUUUGGCAAGAAACCCCCAUGGACCAACAUCGUGGAGAUAGCAACGCCCCUCCGCUGCUGCCCAGAAGACCAGUGUCGUUGCCUGCGUGCGAGUACAUUGAAAACUUGAUGAACUGGGUCCAGGGGUUCUUUGACAAUGAUAACAUCUUCCCCAGUAAAAUCGGGGCUCCGUUCCCACAACAGUUCCCCAGUCUUGUCAAGACGAUUUUCAAGAGAUUGUUUAGAAUAUACGCUCACAUCUACUGUCACCAUUUCCAUGAGAUUAGUGAGUUGGGCUUGCAGAGUCAUUUAAACACUAGUUUAAAGCAUUAUGUAUUGUUUGCUAACGAGUUUCAGUUGAUUAGUAGAAAGGAUUACGGGCCGCUUGAAGAUUUGGUCGAUACCAUGUUGAGAAGGUAGUAGGGUUUUUAUUACAACAAUUGCACCUCUGCCAUUAUGCAAAGGUGAUCGGAGGGGUAUUGAUAGAUUCGUGGUUGGCCAUUUGGUUUGGGUCCCAUAUCCCCAGGCACGGGCAACUUCAAUAAUCUAAGUAAUUUAAUAUUAUACUUGUCAGCAAUCUCUUCUGGGGUGUCUACACUAUGGGAAAAGUCCUCUGUGUUAUCCCAGUCGGUAAGUAUGAAUAUAUAGUCCAACAUCCCACUCCAGGUGUUGACCCAAUUAGUAAACAUGGGCUCGUUUCUGUCGUUAUUUAUCCCUGAGUUUUCCGGGUGGGCUAGUUUGUAACCGACUGAAUAUAAUGAUAUUGCUCGAACUUUUAAGGUAUUGUGAGCAUUUUGCAUUUGUAGAAGCAACUGAUCUUGAUCGGGAGUAGGCAUGAAUACUUCUGGUUCCGGAUCGGUAGGGUUCUCUCUUUGUUCGUCGUCAAGUCCGUCAUUCUCAUCUACUUCGUUUUCUUCAGACAGAGAGCCAUCUCUUUGUUCUUCUUCUUCUUCUUCUUCUUCCUCUGCAUCUGGUUCCUCCUCGUCAUUCUGACUUUCAAGUGAUCUAACCUGCGAAUAAGUAUACGUCAAUGAACAUCCUAGCACAUUCUUGGCUUGGCCCAGGUAUUCAAUCGGUUUUGCAGUAAUUGACAAAUAUGGAGCAUCAAACGGUUCCGAAUUCAUAUCACCAGUAAAGAACGAAUAAAACCCCUUGGAGUUUCCAAGUAUAACGCUUAAAAUCCUUGUAAACUCUUUAUACUUGUGUAACAUCAUAUAUGUCUGGCGACACCGUUCAAAAGUGCCGAAUGGAUGCCAAAACAAAUGGGUAUUCCCCACAAUUAACCCAUUCUUGUUGCUCAAAUGUGGAUACUGUUUAAGUAAGAACGGUUGGAAUUCU